GAAAAUUAGAAUCUAUUUCGCUGCCCAUUAGCCAAGUCGUAAACACCUGUCCGUCGCCUUGCCAGAAUGUCUGACGUGUUCAUCGUCUCCGCCGCCCGCACGCCCAUAGGUAGCUUUAAUGGAACGCUUUCCAAACUGAAGGCCUCCGAUCUGGGCAGCGUGGUGAUCCAGGAGGUGCUCCGGCGGGCUAACGUAGAGGGCCAGCAGGUCAGCGAGGUGAUCUUGGGCCAGGCACUAACCGCCGGUCAGGGUCAAAAUCCCGCUCGACAGGCGUCCCUCAAGGCGGGUCUGCCCAUCCAGGUGCCCGCCUACGGCAUCAAUAUGCUCUGUGGCUCCGGCUUGAAAACUGUGGCCCUGGGCUACCAGGCCAUCCGCUCGGGAGACGCACAGAUCGUGGUGGCCGGUGGCCAGGAGAGCAUGUCCCUCGCUCCGCACGUCAUGCACCUGCGACAGGGCGUCAAAAUGGGCCCCGGCACCUUGGUGGACUCGAUGAUCCACGACGGCCUCACCGACGCCAUGGAGAACAUACACAUGGGCAUCACCGCCGAGAACCUGGCAGAGAAAUACCAAAUUAGUCGCGAGGCCCAGGACGCCUAUGCUGUGCUGUCUCAAAAUCGGGCGGAGUUGGCCCAGAAAAGUGGGUACUUCGACAAGGAGAUUGUGCCCGUGGAGGUCAAGGAUCGCAAGGGCACGCAGAUCUUCAGCAAGGAUGAGUACAUCAAGGCGGGCAGCACCGUUGAGGGCAUACAGAAGCUGCGGGCAGCCUUCAAAGAGGGCGGCUCCAUAACCGCUGGCAAUGCCUCUGGCGUCAACGAUUCCGCUGCUGCCGUGCUGCUAAUGUCUGGCGAGGAGGUGGCUAAGAAGGGCCUGAAACCGCUGGCCAAGAUUGUGGGCUGGACGCAGAGUGGCAUUGAGCCCAAGGUGAUGGGUCUGGGGCCAGUCACCGCAGUGGAAUCCCUGCUAACGAAGAUCAACUGGAAGCGCGAGGAAGUGGAUCUGUACGAGCUCAACGAAGCCUUCGCCGCCCAAUCCCUGGCUGUGCUGCAGGACCUGCAGCUGGACGCCAGUAAGGUGAAUGUCAAUGGCGGUGCCAUUUCCCUGGGUCAUCCGAUUGGCGCUUCAGGUGCCCGUGUCCUGGUCACUCUGCUCUACGCCCUGGAGCGCACUGGGGGAAGUCGAGGCAUUGCAUCGCUCUGCAUCGGUGGUGGCAUGGGAAUCGCCCUGGCCGUGGAGCGGGUCCUCUAAUCCCCACACUCAUUGUCAUCCCAGCUAUUUAUUGCCUAUUUCCGUCUCCCACUUAAGUGUAAAGUUUCUAUUUUCUCGAUCGCGUAGUAUUCCCACGUACGUACUUAUAGGCACAACCCAUGUCACACGCUCAGUCACAAAGUCUCUUCAAUUAAAACUAAUUUUUAGUUGAAUUUUCAAUUGAACUUGAUUUGGAACACCUCAUCUUAUGUGGAAAAGCAAAACACACUUUGCUUUCUAUUCCUGGAAAACUCAAUUGUUAAAUUUUCCAGAAUUGCAUCAAUUGUUUAUAAAAAGCAUUUGUUAUGAUGA